AUGCUCCAGUUUUUGAACUAUAGGCUUAAUUACAAAUUAAAUCAUUUUUCAGAUUCUCCGAAUAAUACAGAAGGAAUUGCCCCAUCUAGAAGAGAGUUGGAGUGUAUAACCCAAAGCUGUGUUUGUUCUUAUUAUGGAGGCAAAACUAAUGGUUCUGUUAAUGAUUGUACCCUUCCAAAUGGCCAAAAACUUCAAAAAGCACUUCGAAAAGAAAUUAGAAUGUUAUCAGAUAAAGAAAGAAAUGAUUUUUUUAAAGCAGUGAGAGAAAUGAAAAAUAAAGGAGGUUUUGAUUAUAUAGCCUUAAUACACAGAUUAGCAUUCGUAAAUGGAGGAGCUCACAAUGGACCUGCUUUUUUCGUUUGGCAUAGGGAAUAUCUUAAAAGGUUCGAGAUUCUGCUUCGAAAAUAUAACCCAACCCUUGGCUUGCCCUAUUGGGAUUCUACUUUGGAUGGUCGAUUGCCAAAUCCGGCAGAUUCUAUUCUUUUUACUAAAGAUGGAGAUCCUUAUAUUACACGUGAUGUUGGCAAGGUUGGCAGAUGCUUUACAGAAUAUGAUGUUGAUCGGACCCUUUCACAAACAAAAGUGGAAAGAAUACUUGCUUAUACCUCCGCAAGGCGUGAAUGUCCAAUAAAACCUGAAUGGGAUGCUUUUGAAAUCACUCAUGGACAACCACACUUAUUUAUUGGUGGGGACAUGGCUACAUUUAUUCCUAAUAAACCUGGAAAUGACCCUAUAUUUUAUAUGCACCAUUGUUUUGUUGAUUUGGUUAAUUUUUUAAAUUUUAAAGAUUAUUUUAUUCGAUACUCUCGUUAUACUGUAACUCUUGAUAUACCUCUCCCAAUAAAAUCUACCCUAGUAUAA